GGCAGCCCAACGAACCAUGAAGGCAGACCCAUGGGUUUUCAAUCAAUGCGCAUGCAUCUGUGUCUGUGUGUGUGACGCAACGCCAUGGCGUGCGAUGACGCCAUCCAUGGCUUUAACAACCAACACACAUGCCAUGCAGCCCAUCUAUCUCACAACUCAUUCAUUCAUCUCGCCCACGCAAAACGACCUUGCCGGUCACCCUGCCUGUCUCCAGCCGACUAAAUGCCUCAGGCAGGCUGUCGAAAGGGAACACCGAGUCGACCACCGGCCGCACCACGCCUCUCUCAUACAACUCGCGCACCCGAUAAAGGUCGCUGCCCCUCGCUCGUACGGUGAAGAAGGGCACACUGGCCGGCCGGUUGAUGCCGCCCCUGAUGGUCAGGACGCUGCCGGCGAUGGCCAGGCAGCUGUCCCAAUCGCCGGUGGCGUCUACGGCGAAAUCGUAAUCACUUAGGACGUCCGUGACCUUCUGUUUUGUGUAAUCGACCACCUGACACACCAAACCAAUGCACACACAGCACGAAGGGGAGGGAAAGAGAGUAGACCAAUCCGUGUGUGGCUCAGUAGCUAGCUUACGAUGUUUGCGCCGAGUUGUUUGAGCAGCUGUGCCUUCUCCUCACCACUGGCUGUUGUGGCAAUGUGCUUGACACCGAUGUAGUGCUUCAUCAGCUGGAUGGCCGUCGUCCCAAUGCCGCCCGCGCCGGCCGUCCACAGCACACGCGCAUCGGGGGGAAUGGCCAGGGAGUCGAGCACUUGAAGGGAUGUCAUGACGGCCGUCGGCAGAGAGGCACAUUCCUGAUAGAGCAACCAGCCGAUGGAGCAACGGACAGAAAGGCACACACAUGUCAUGUGUUUGGAAGGAGGGUGCGGUGUGUGUUUGGCACUUACAUAAUACAUACUUGGUGCGUGAGGGAUGCCGGCUUCUCGGCAAUGAAGGCUUCAUUGACCGCCGUGUACUCAGCAAAGGUGCCGUAGCGCUGAGGGCACACACCUGCAAGGCAAGCACACAUCCAGACAGUUUACAAGUCUGCUUGUAUUGCAGAUCAUGCAGAUCGGGAGUGUGAAGGUGUGGGUGGGUGUACCUCUCUCAUGGACGUAGCCGUACACGUCCAUGCCCUCCUGCCAUUUGGUGACGUCCCGGCCGACACCGACCACAGUGCCCGAAAAGUCAUACCUGACGCCACACAGGCAGACAGACAGACACGUGAUUCACAAACACGACAGGUGUGAACCCUCCCUCGCACCCUCCCUGGCACAUAUAUACCCCGGAACAAAGGGAAAGGUGUCAUUGAUGAAUGCGGCAACGAGGCCAGUCCGCCGGGCUGCACGAGACCACACUCAAACAAUCAGUUCUCGGCCCAUCGAUGGGUCGUUCGUCUGUAUGCAUGUUGGUUGAUCUGCAGGUAGGCACCUAUGUCUAUCGGAUUGAGCGCUGCAGCCUUGAUCUUGACGAGCACCUGGUUGGCACCGGGCGAGGGGCGGGGGAAACUGCGCCUUUCCAGCACCUCAGGACCGCCGUACCCUGAAUGUAUGCGCACACACACAGAGACGAUGAGGCAUCAAUGAGCGCCCAUCCACCUAUCCCCUGAUUACCUUACCUGUCUGCACCCAUGCCUCCAUCUGCUCGGCUCGUGCAUCAUCUUCUUUCUCUUCGGUUUCCAAACCAACAGCAGGGCUUUCACGCCGCUGGCUCACCGCUGCGUGUUUGCGCACUGCAGAUGCAGGCAACCGUCGCCAAGAUGCCUCCACAAAGAGGGGAGUUUGAUGCGGAUCGUUUCUGGAGGGCUGCCGCACAGAGAGAGCGGUGAAAGGGAUCAGGUAUGAGGUGAGGGUCACGAAACAGC